UGUAGUCAAAAGUGCUAGACGUUAAAAGACGAUUUUGAAAAGCCCGAAUUGCUAGAUGCUUUGAUAUUGUAAAAUGCUCGAGACGUAAGGUGCUUGGAAGAUCAACUAUUGACUAUAGGUCAACUAUUUAAAAUGAAACAAAGGAGAGGUAUAUCAUGAUGUCUUUGGCAGCGGAGAGUGACUGAGAGGACUGUGGAUUUCCGAUGAUGAAAAGUUGAGAGAUGGGAGUACCGACGAUGAAGAAGAAACGAUGGCCGUCAGAUUGAAGGAUUGCCUAUUGCUUCACUCAAACAUGUUCUCGGUGUCUAAAAGUAGGAAACUUUAGAUGCUUGCCUGAGAUAUCAUAGAAAUGUCUGAUGUGAGAAAUCUGUGAUGAUGGAUGCCAUUGGACAAAUAGCUCCGGAACAAGCUGCAGGAUGGAACGUCUCACUGAAGCUUCGAUGAAGAAUUCAGCUACUGCGGUGGCGAGCAGGCUUAAUAAUUGGUGACCGUCAAUUUUGCACCUCUUCAACAGUUGUUGCGGGCCCCACUCGAAAAGCCAGUGAGGCCGGACAAGCGGAGUUUGGAGUCGCAGACUAUGGGGCUAUGUUCGCCAUUUCAUCGUUUAUUCUUAUCCCCUACGUCCGCCACUGCCUGCCUCCUUAUACAUGCACGCCGCCACCAUAGCUUACCGCUGGCAUGGGAUCAUGAAGGAGGAAGAGCAGCAGCACGGCGAGACGCUCGUCUCGCCGACGGGGUUCCGGCGGUGGCUCGAGGCCGGGAACGAUGACACGCCGCCGACCGAUGUCCGGAUCGUGACGUCCGGCCAGCGGCGACUCCCGGCUCAUUCCACCGUUCUGGCUUCGGCAUCUCCCGUGCUGGAGAGCAUGCUGCACCGACCACGCAAAGGUGGCAGUAACCGAGAAAUGGAGAUCCCCGUUCUUGGCGUUCCCUGCGAUGCUGUUCAUGCUUUCCUCCGUUUGCUCUACUCCGCCAGGUGCGUGACGCUUGCGGAGGAGGAGAUCGUCGGGGAGCACGGGAUGCACCUGAUGGUGCUGUCGCACGCGUACGGGGUCGGGUGGCUGAAGCGCGCGUGUGAGCGGGUGCUGUCGUCGCGGCUGACCGCCGAGGGCGUGGUGGACGUGCUGGUGCUGGCGCAGCAGUGCGACGCCCCCCGCCUGCACCUGCGGUGCAUGCAGCUGCUUGCCGAGGACUUCGCGACGGUGGAGCAGACCGAGGCCUGGCGGUUCCUCCAGGACCACGACCCCUGGCUGGAGCUCGACAUCCUCCAGUUCCUCGAGGACGCCCACCUGAGACGGCGACGGCUGGGGAGGAGGAAGGCGGAACGGAGGCUGUACAUGGAGCUGCACGAGACCAACGAGUGCUUGCACCACAUCUUCAAGGAUGGAUACGCGGCGAUGGGGCACUCCGGCAGGGAGGAGAAGCGGGCCCGCUGCCCCAACCCCGUCACCUGCCGCGGCCUACGGCAGCUCGUCCGCCACUUGGCGGCCUGCGACAGCGAGAAGAGGCGCUGGUGCCGUCGGUGCAAGUGUCUCUGGCAGCUCCUCCGCCUCCACGCUUCCACCUGCACCGAGCUCGACGACGCCUCCUGCGAAGUUCCCCUCUGCAUGCAAUUCAAGCGGAGGAUGCAGCGUAGGGAAGGCGAAGAAGCGGAUGGUGAUGACAAGUGGGGGAUGCUGGUCAAGAAGGUGGUCUCAGCUAGAGUUGUGUCCCACUUGGUGAAGAAGCACAAACAACCGGUACUGUAUCCGGGGGAUUCAAACUAGAACAGCAGCUUUAGCCGAGUAGUUCGCUUGGUUGCUCCUCCAACUCUUAUGUUGCUUUGUUCUUCGGUUCACCAUCCUUGUCUUGUGUAAAUUUAGCCAGGUAUAUAUAUAUAUAUAUAUAUAUAUAUGAAAAAUAUUUUUUUU